UUGGUAUUCCUUAUCCUUUCAGAGCGAUAUUUUCAGCUGACACCACGAUCAAUAUCCGAUCUGUCAACAUUCAUCAACGAGGUUCGAGAAGGAUACGUGGAUCUUUCCACUGAUUCCCAUCAUGUCAUUCAACUGAUCGAGAAGAGAAUCCCUCAACUCGGUGAGAAUAUAAAUUCUGCUCUAAGUAUGCUGUUAGCGACGAUCGGUAAAAUGCGACCGGCCACCAAGGCAGCUUUCCAUCAAUACUGGAUGAUGUUCUUCGAGUCUAUUUCGGUACCAGCGACGGUACGCUCUACGUUCUUGGCCGCCUUUUACGCUGAACUUAUGAAGUCGUACAAAGCCGCCGACAUUGCAACGCAGAAGGAGAUCAAAGAACUUUCUCCUGAAACGCAUCGACUUCUGAGAAGCGACUUUGCUAAAACGUUCGCCAAAGCAGCCGAAGCAUUUGCUUCAAAGGAUUUCGAGAGAGAGCCUCUGCACGACUAUCAAGACUCUUUUUGA